CGGAGUAGGGACAUUACUACAAUUUACGGUAAUUUUUCCGAGGUACAAAGUUUAUCCUCCCGGUCUUUAAUUUUUUUUUAUUUUCAUUUUUCUUUGGUUUCCAACCCCGAAAAAAAUUUUUUAAUAAACUUAAAUUUCAGAAAUUACAACAAAUAUGUCAACAAAGCCGCCAAAAUUCAAAGAUUAAUUCAAAAAGAUUUUUCAACAAUUUUUAACCAAAAUAUUCACUGUAUUUUAACUCCAGUCUCAAGACAUUCUGCCCCCUUAUUUUCACAAAUUAAAAGGAGAAAUAGAGAAGAACAGAGGUUGGAAGAUUAUUUUAUGGCACCGGCUAAUCUUUGCGGUCUACCAUCAAUUGCUAUUCCCUAUUCAAAAUGUUCUAGAGGACUUCCCUUGGGUAUACAAUUAAUUGCUCCCUAUUUGGAAGAUUUACGUUUACUUAAAAUUAGUGAAAUGAUUGAAAAAUUUUUUUAA